AUGGCGAUUAGACCGCAUGUCAAGCAUACCCACGUCUAUAAAUCGGACAAAGCCACAGAUAUCCAUCUUGACGUAUACCUUGCCGCAAACACUGGAAGCUCAGAGUCUCCCAAGCCCGUAAUCCUGUGGUUCCACGGCGGCUAUCUUGUCACAGGCAGCCGCGCUGCCAUACCCAGCUGGUUUCUCAACUAUGCCAUUGCCCAUGAAUGGACACUAGUAUCGGCGGAUUACAGGGUCUUACCCGAAUCCACCGGUUUCGCGACAACCGAAGAUGCCAUUGCCGCCUAUGAAUGGGUUGCAACUUCGCUCAUUGGCCUACACCCGGAGUGUCAUGCAGACCCUAGACGUAUAAUCGUCGCCGGUGCAAGCGCUGGAGGCUGGUGCACCUUAGUCAGUGCCCUGAGCCUUUCAAAAUCAUCGCAGAACGGCAUCCCGAGACCCAAGGCGCUUUUCCUGCUCUACCCGUUCACCGAUCCAGGGAGUGAGAAAUGGGCACAGAGCCUGUCACUCCCCGAUACUACGGUUGAUCAAGCUAUGGCGCAAAAAUUACUAGAUGAGAUACCCAGGAGGAUUGCACAAGGGGAUACUAGUCUCGGAGAGGACUUUCCCAAGUCAGAAGCAGAGCUGUUGACAAGGAAACGAUUGCCACUGCUCUAUGCAAUCCUAGAAAGAGGGAUAUUCCUGGAUUAUUUGACUGGACUAUCUGGUUUUGGGCGGCAAGUAAUGAGUGUAGGCUUGGAAAAUGCGGUGGAUGAACGCGCGAAGGGACUCUUCCCGCUCGACUUUGGCUCAUUUGGGCCUUCUUUCCCGGCAACUGUCGUCGUGCAUGGAACUGCUGAUAGGGAGAUUUCCUGUCAGGAAAGCGAGAAACUGGUCGCGAAGUUAAAGGAAGGGAGUGCUGCGGUUCAGUAUUAUCCCGUUCCUGGGGCCGAUCAUGUCUUUGAGCUGGAGUUGGACGAGUGCCACCCAGAUGCUGGGGCGCAGGAUUCGAGCUCUAUCCUUUUACGGGCUUUGCAGGCUCUACAAGGAUACGUUAAUGCAUAG